GGAUAUGGGAUAUGGGAUCUGGACAGGAUAUGGGAUCGGGACAGGAUAUGGGAUGUGGGAUCAGGAUGGGUUAUGGAAUCCGGACGGGAUAUGGGAUCCGGAUGGGAUAUGGGAUAUGGGAUCAGGACGGGAUAUGGGUUAUGGGAUCGGGAUGGGAUAUGGGAUGAGGGAUCAGGAUGGGUUAUGGGAUCCGGAUGGGAUAUGGGAUCAGGACAGGUUAUGGGAUCGGGACAGGAUAUGGGAUCGGGAUGGGAUAUGGGAUAUGGGAUCAGGACAGGUUAUGGGAUCAGGACAGGAUAUGGGAUAUGGGAUCGGGACAGGAUAUGGGAUCGGGAUGGGAUAUGGGAUCAGGACGGGUUAUGGGUUCAGGACGGGAUACGGGAUAUGGGAUCAGGACAGGUUAUGGGAUCGGGACGGGAUAUGGGAUCAGGACGGGAUAUGGGAUAUGGGAUCGGGACGGGAUAUGGGAUAUGGGAUCGGGACGGGUGAUGGGACCACGACGUGGCCCUGCCGGCCCCACAGAUGCGGGCCAUCCUGGACCGCGUUGGCUGCUGCAUCGUGGGGCAGAGCGCCGAGUUGGUGCCGGCCGACCGCGUGCUGUACGGCCUGCGGGACGUCACCGCCACCAUCGACAGCGUCCCGCUCAUCACCGCCUCCAUCCUAAGCAAGAAAGCGGCCGAGCGCAUCUCGGCGUUGGUGCUGGACGUGAAGUUCGGCAGCGCAGCCCUCUGCCCCACGUUGGAGAGCGCGCGGGGGUUGGCGCACAGCCUGGUGGAGGUGGGGGAGGAGUUGGGCAUCCGCACGGCAGCGGUGCUGAGCCGCAUGGAUGAGCCGCUCGGCCGAUGCGUGGGGGCCGCGCUGGAGGUGUUGGAGGCGCUGCAGUGCAUGGACGGGAGGGGGCCGAAGGAGCUGAGGGAGCUCGUGACACUGCUGGGGGGGCUGCUGCUGUGGCAAUGUGGGAUGGCGGCGACCCCGGAGGGGGGCGGGGAGCGCCUGGGGAGGGCUUUGGACGACGGUUCGGCUCUGAGCACCUUUGAAGCAAUGCUGGAGGCUCAGGGGGUACCCCCGACCACCGCCCGGGCGUUGUGCGCCGGGACCCCCCAACAACGCCGCCGGGUCCUGGGGGGGGCGACAACCGUCGAGGAGCUGCGGGCGCCCCACGAUGGCGCGGUGCUCGGGGUGGCCGCGCUGCCGUUGGCGCAGACGCUGAACGCGAUGGGAGCCGGGCGGACCCGAACCGGGGAACGGAUCGAUCCCACCGUGGGAGCCGAGGUGUUGGUGGAGGCGGGGCAGCGCCUGCGGGAAGGUGAGGGGGGGGGGAGGUCCCGGUUCCGGUGCCGGUGCCGGUCCCGGUGCCGUAUCCUGGUGCCAGUCCCAGAGGCGCAUCCCAGUGCCGGUCCCGGUGCCACAUCCUUGUGCUGCAUCCCGGUGACGGUCCCAGUACCGGUUCUGGUCCCGGUCCCGAUGCCGUAUCCUGGUGCCAGUCCCAGAGCCGCAUCCCAGUGCCGGUCCCGGUGUCACAUCCUGGUGCCGCAUCCUGGUGCUGGUCCCAGUACUGCAUCCCGGUACCAUACCCCAGAGCCACAUCCCGGUGCCGGUCCCAGUACCGCAUCCCGGUACCGUAUCCCAGAGCCACAUCCUGGUGACAGUCCCAGUACUGGUUCUGGUCCCGGUCCCGAUGCCGUAUCCUGGUGCCAGUCCCAGAGCCGCAUCCCAGUGCCAGUCCCGGUGCCACAUCCUGGCGCUGCAUCCCGGUGACGGUCCCAGUACCGGUUCUGGUCCCGGUCCCGAUGCCGUAUCCUGGUGCCAGUCCCAGAGCCGCAUCCCAGUGCCAGUCCCGGUGCCACAUCCUGGCGCUGCAUCCCGGUGCCGGUCCCAGUACCGCAUCCCGGUACCGUAUCCCACAGCCACAUCCUGGUGCUGGUCCCAGUACCGCAUCCCGGUACCGUAUCCCAGAGCCACAUCCCAGUGCCGGUCCCAGUGCCGUAUCCUGGUGCGAUCUCCUGGUACCGCAUCCUGGUGCCGUAUCCCAGUGCCACAUCCCAGUGCCAUAUCCUGGUACCACAUCCCGGUGCUGUAUCCCGGUGCCACAUCCCGGUGCUGGUCCAGGUGCCAUAUCCCAUUGCCACAUCCCAGAGCCGUAUCCUGGUGCUGCAUUGUGGUGCUGGUCCCGGUGCUGUAUCCCGGUACCAUAUCACGGUGCUGUAUCCCGGUGCCACAAAUCAGUGCUGGACCCGGUGCCAUAUCCUGGUGCUGCAUCCCGGUGCCGGUCCCAGUGCCAUCUCCCGGUGCCACAUCCCGGUCCCAGUCUCAGAGCCACAUCCCGGUGCCGGUCUCAGUUUGGCAUCCCGGUGCUGCAUCCCGAUUACAGUCCCCAUGCUGCAUCCCAGUUCCAAAUCCCGGUGCCGUCUCCCGGUACCAGUCCUGGUGCCACAUCCUGGUGCCGUAUGGUGGUGCCGCAUCCCAGUGCUGUGUCCCAGUUAUGGUCCCGGUGCCGUAUCCCGGUGCCACAUCCAGAUGGCACAUCCCGGUGCCGGUCCCACUUCCGCAUCCCGGUGCCAUAUCCUGGUGCUGGUCCUGGUGCCGCAUUCCCAUGCUGUAACCCGGUCCCGGUGCUGCAUCCCAAAGCUGCAUCCCGGUGCCGGUCCCAGUGCCGCAUCCCGGUGCCAUCUCCCGGUGCCAUAUCCCAGUGCCGUUCCAUAUCCCGGUUCCAUAUCCCGUUCCACAUCCUGGUUCCAUAUCCCGGUACCACAUCCCGGUGCCGGUCCCAGAGCCACAUCCCAUUACCAUAUCCCAGUACCAUAUCUCACUACCGGUCUCAGAGCUGCAUCCCAGUACCAUAUCCCGGUACCAAUCUCGGUGCCGUAUCCCGGUGCCGCAUCCUGGUGCCUGUGCCGCAUCCCGAUACUAUAUCUCUGUGCCACA